AUGAAAGAGAACGGUGACGAGGCGAACGAUGACGCGUUCGACGCUUUUUUGCGAUGGUGUCGAGCGAACGCGAUCGAAGUGCGCGAGGAUGACGUUGAAUUCACUUUUGCCGUGCAAAAGGCGAACAAGGACCGCGGCGUGACGGCCAAGCGCGCGCUCGAGCGCGGCGCUAUUUUGGCGGUGAUCCCAUUCGAAGCGUGCUUGACGCUGAAGACGUGUUCGCGCGCGGACGUGGCGGCGAGCGUGGAGGAGGCUUUAGUGAAGACGAAGACAGAGGCGAGUUGGUUGUGCGGGUUGACGGCGGCGCUUUGCGUGGAGCGUUCUCUCGGGUUGAAGUCGCGGUACUUCGCGUACGAUAGAGUGUUACCGAGGUGUGAAGCUAACGUCGUGUGCGCGUGGAACGAUGGCGAGCGGAGCUAUCUCGCGGGCACGGAAGUCGAAACUUCUCUCAGGGACGAGGCGGCGGCUGCAAAGAACGAGUGGGAACGCGUCGUCGCGCCAGUAUUUAAGGAGCACGGCGUAGAGUGUUCGUUCGAGCAAUUUAUCGAAGCGCGUACUGUAGUGAGUAGUCGCGCGUUCACUUUAAGCCCGAACGCGGGCGUUGGGUUGGUGCCGAUUGCCGAUGCGUUUAACCAUCUCACCGGCAACCAUCACGUCAACGUGGGCGAUGGCGAUGCCGUCGUGCGUUCAGAGACUGGUGGUGAGGCAUUGUGCGUGAAGGUGACGAACGAGCAAGGCGUCCGCCGUGGAGAUGAGAUUUUUAACACGUAUGGAUUUCAUGGGAACGCGAAGCUACUCAAUAGUUAUGGAUUCACUCAAAACGACAAUCCAGCGGACGAAGUGCGACUGACGACUACGAACAUUCGCACCGAAGCGGCGUUAGCAGGCGUGUGUUCUGGGACACAGCUGACAAAACGAUUCGAAUGGCUCGAACGGACGCAAGUGUGUGCCCCAGAUGCGUCGUUUUCGAUUUCAAAAUCGCAAGCUAUUAGUGAAGAGCUCUGUGCGGUGGUCUGGACCUUGGUCGCGAGCGAGGACGCGUUUCAGAAAAUUAGGCACACAAAUCGGCAUGCGGACGCACUACACGCCAUAGAAACAGUCUCUACGGCAAUCAACACAAUGAAAAUACGUGGAAACAACCCGUCAACGCUCACGCCGGAGGUUGCGGAUGUUAUUUCGCUCGCGAUUGAACGGCGCUUGAGCUUGUAUCGUUCGCAAACAAACAUAGAUGGCGGCGUCUCGCCUCCGCGUGUUGAGUUGGCAAUUCAGUUGAUAAACUCCGAGCGCGCAAUUCUAAAUUCUGCGUUGCUCACGUUGACAGAGUUCGUGAACAAGCACAGCCACAACCGUGCGAAAGGGUCGAAGGACGACUCAGACGCGUUCGCUCUAUUCGAUUAG